AGUUGUGGAGAGAGCGCUCCAGAUACAGUUCAGAUGGUGUUACUACUGAGCCGUUUGACCCAAAGUCCUGUACCUUUGUACCGUACUCUGUCAGCGUUUAUUAGCACACUCAGCACCCAGUCUCGCUCACACACAGUGGCAAGUUUUGUGUGGGGAGCGCGUUCACGAAGCCAAACAGCAUUACUGUAGAGCGAGCAGCUUUUUUUGUCAUAGAUGUGACCGAUGUAGAACUUUCAAAGUACACCAUUCCCAGCAUGGUACCGGUAUUGUUUGCCAGUGGAGAAGCUUUACUCUGAGAUUGGAUUUGAAAAUCAAGACCUUACCACUUGAACACCAGUCAGAGGCAUCAAUAUACAUGUAAAGGGUCGGAUACACAUGCAUGUGCUGGGGAUGGUUUAAACCGUGGUGAAGCCUAGGGGGACACCAGACUAGCAUGCGAGCUUGAGCGUUUGGACUGGUGCUGAGCCCCCUCGGAUUACUUCGAUGCCUGGCUUGUGAACAAACUGGGUCACGUCGCACCGAGGACCAGCUAUAUUUACCGGGGGCCCCUACAGAACACAACUCGGCUGGCCCCGACUGGGUACUGAAGCAGACGACGCAGGCUCGGCUACCUCGUUUUUGAACUUGGAGACGUCAAUUGACUGGUUGAGUGAACUGUACAGGCAGUACAGGCAGGCUGUGGCAGGCUGAUCAAACGCAGGUUUUCCUCGCAAUUUACGGUUGCCAAGGCAGCAUUGUUUCCCAUUCUCCCCAGAACUGACCUCUGUCUUAUCAUUAUUAUGAAUGAAUGCGACGUCUCUCUCACUGCUGUUAUUAAGAGUGAUCCUGUGAGGGAAACAAGAUGAUGACAACAGAGUCGUCGAUGGACAGACACAUUCAGCAGACUACUGAGCGUUUGAUUUGCAUAAAGCAGCAACUUUCCCACCCAAGUACCUUCACGACCGCAGCCCGGGAGCUCCUAGAGUGGUGCGCUGAUCCGAGAGCUUUCCAACGAUCCUUUGAACCCGGCCUGAUCGGUUGCCUAACGAUUGUCAGCAGAGUUGCAGCUCAGAAUGGCUUCGAUCUAGACCUAGGCUACCGACUCCUCGCCGUUUGCGCCGCACACAGAGACAAGUUCACCCCUAAGUCAGCCGCUCUUUUAUCCUUGUGGUGUGAAGAUCUCGGACGUCUUCUCCUUCUGAGACACCAGAAGAAUCGGAACGGGGACACGUCCAGCAAAGGUGCAGCGCCGAUGCAUCACCAAAUGCAGAAGAGCAUCCCAUCUGUGCCCCCAGGUGAUUCCUCAGUGGCAUGGCAACAGGGCGGACAACAACCAACGCAACAGUCACUCAGCGUAGUUACAACAGUAUGGGGUGUGACGCAGACUAGCGAUAGCAACAGUCUCACCAAUAACUCAAUGCAGCAGGGACCAGGCCCUUCCCCAGGUAGCAACCAGUAUUCCCAGCAGCAGCAUCCGUUCACAGCAGCGGCGGCUAACUCUAACAAACAGUACAAUAUGCCCAUGCCUGGCAUGGGCCCAUAUCGUAGAGAGCCAGGCCCAUACAGAGGACCCAACGGUGGUGGUGGUUACCCAGGCCAGACCCCAGGUCAGAUGGGACCAGGCGGGCCCUGUCCGCCCCAGACCUCCGUUCCCAACGAGUUCCCGCAACCAGCAGCAGCGGCCGCAGCAGCCGUCGUCGCGGCAGCAGCUGCCACAGCAACAGCAACCGCAACGGCGACAGUGACAGCUCUGAAAGAGCAACAACAACAGCAGCAACAACAACAGCAACAGCAGCAGCAGCAACAGCAACCGAUGAAUGACUACGGACAAAUGAGAAUGCAGCCGGGGUUCAACAACCAGUACGGCAUGAACCAAGGGGGCGGGCCCUUCAUGAACAACAUGGGUAGCAGCAACAAACAGGCCAUGUACCAGCAGCAGAUGAUGCAGCGAAGCCCAGCGCAGCAGCAGUACGCCCAGCAGUACAUGAAGAGGCCGUACCCAGGCCACCCGGGGCCCAAUAACUUCAACCAGGGCAUUCCCAACCAGCAAUAUGGCCCCAUGCCCCACAGCCCUAGCCCCGGGGCAAUGAAGGGCCAAACCCCCUACCCCGGCCAGCAGUCACCCUACCCUUCCCAACAACCCAUGCCUUCCCCGAACUACAUGAACAUGCGGCAGAAAGUGCCUGGCAACGGCAUGAGUUACCAGGGCAACCACCAGUUCUUUCCAAGGGGGAAUUUCAACGGCGGGCCGCAAGGGAUCAACCCACCAUACAACCAACAGGCAAUGACCAACCGAGGUAUGAACUACCAGCAUUCACCGGGCAUUCCCGGCAACCCGACACCCCCAUUGACACCGAGCCCCAACAUCCCACCCUACAUGUCCCCCACUGGGGAUGUCAAACCCUUCCCAGGGGGGCCUCCAGAUCUGAAAUCAACACCCAACUACGCCCCCGGUAUCAGCGACGAGAUUCGCAUGACAUUCCCCGUCCGCGACGGUGUGGUCCUGGAGCCGUUCAGGCUGGAACACAACCUGGCAGUUAGCAAUCACGUCUUCCACCUCCGACAAUCUGUCCACCAAACGCUCAUGUGGAGAUCGGACCUCGAGCUCCAGUUCAAAUGCUACCACCACGAAGACCGACAGAUGCACACCAACUGGCCCGCCUCCGUGCAGGUCAGCGUCAACGCCACACCCCUCACGAUAGAACGGGGAGACAACAAGACCUCGCACAAGCCGCUGUACUUAAAAGAGGUCUGCCAGCCUGGCCGGAACACGAUACAGAUCACAGUGACUGCCUGCUGCUGUUCGCAUCUCUUUGUCUUGCAACUCGUCCACAGACCAACUGUGAGAUCAGUAUUACAGGGACUGCUCAGGAAAAGACUUCUCCCUGCUGAACAUUGUAUUACCAAAAUCAAGAAGAACUUCUCCAGCGUGGCUGCCUCCAGCGGCGGCAUCUUGAACAAUGACGACGGCGUGGAGCAGACGGCCAUCAAGGUCUCCCUCAAGUGCCCCAUCACCUUCCAGCGCAUCACGCUGCCAGCCAGGGGCCACGAGUGCAAGCACAUCCAGUGCUUUGACUUAGAGUCGUACUUGCAGCUCAACUGUGAGAGAGGGUCGUGGAGGUGUCCGGUCUGCAACAAAACCGCCAUGCUGGAAGGGUUGGAAGUAGACCAGUUCAUGUGGGGUAUUCUGACUGCCGUCCAGUCGGCCGACUUUGAAGACGUCACCAUCGACGCCAUGGCUAACUGGAAGCCGGUGCCCAUGAAAUGCGACAUCAAGGAUGAGGAGCCAGAUACUUGUGGGUCGUCCAAGCGGUUCAAGGCCAUGUCGCCGGGUAGCAUGACCAUGCCUGGUAUGCACACUUAUGACAACAUGGGUAUGGCUCAUUCCCCCUAUCCAAUGGGGGGCCCACCCCCUCCAGAAUUCAACGGACCAGGACCGGGACCAGUCCACGGUGGACCAAAUUACGGGAACUACAAUAACUUCAACAGUCCAGUCAUGCCGGGCGGAGGCAUGAAUGGGCCCUCGAUGGGCCACUUUGAGGACAACAUUGCCACGACGGACAUGGUGCCCGUCGAGAAACAAUAUAACCAUGCACUGCCACCUCACGUAAGCCAUCCAGGCUCAAAUCAAGGCCCGUCGUCCAACGUGAGGCAUCCAGGACCUUCAGGUCCCCCUCAUCCGGGGAAUAACCCUCAUCCUGGUGGUAAUCCCCACCCUGGUAACAAUUCCCACCCAGGGAUGGGCCCCCAGCCUAACGGCGGACCCCACCCGAAUGUGUCAUCCCACCACACGGGGCCUGGUACGCCAGGCAACGGGUCGACACCACAACAGCAGCAACAACAGCAGCAGCAGCAACAACAGCAGCAGAACCAGAGGGUGGGAAUGCAUCCCAGCGUGAACACCAAACCACCCACCCCAGGCAUGCCACACACCCCCGGGAUGCCCCACACGCCCGGGAUGCCUCACACACCUGGAAUGCCCCACACGCCAGGUAUGCCGCACACCCCAGGGAUGCCCCUGACUCCCAGCAUGCCACUGACACCUGGCAGCGCUAUGCCACCCACACCGAGUACCAUGAACUCUGGCAAUGGCAGCAGCGCAGGCAGCAAUGGCAGCAGCAGUAAUAACGGUGGCAGCAGUGGGAUGCCCAACCACAUCUCUUCCACCACACAUUCGCCAGCCACCACCACCACACAGGGGUCACACCACCUGCCUAACCACCACUCCCCUCAUCCGGGCACCCAGGCCCCCACGUCCAUGAUGAACCACAGUGGGCCACAGCAGCCAAAGACCACAACAUCAGGCAUGGCCAUGAACACAAACAACCAUAUCCAGUCUGGUUCUGAUUUGAACUUUGACCCAGCCGCUGUGAUUGAUGGUGGGGCAGAGGGGCAGGAGGGUCUGGAUUUGUUACCAGAGAAUAUGGGAGACGUGGACUUGCUCUCUAUUCUCGGACAAUCAGACAACACGCAGAGCAACAACGAAAGCGACGAACUUCUCUCACUCUUUGACACAUAGGGACCACUGCCGGCCCAUUUUAGAAAAUAAUUUAUGAACGAACAGAAUUAAAUAAAUAAAAACAAUGGAGAGAAGGAACAAGUAGUUGUUGUGCUGGACACAUAUGUUAUGCUCGGCUCUGGUGACAAGAGGAUAUGGAGAAAAAUUGACUGCCACAACGGAUCAGCUGAGGGACCUCCUCCCCCAGCUGGGUCAGGCUGGAGUUGGCCUGGUGAGGGUUUGGAGGCAACAUGACCUCUUAGAAGGGAGGUGCUAACAUUUGCAUCGCUCCCAACGUAACGUUUCUGAUACUUUGCCGGAUGCUUUGACGAGGAAGAAAAAGAGUUUGGAUGACUUCUGUCUGUGGGGGGCACAGUCGAUUUGCCACACCCAAGGAUUCCUGUUUAACAACAUGCUCUGGUGUGUUCUUGUUCUUCGAUGUAAAGGAAGCAGCGUCAGCCACUCCAGGAUGACCGAACAACAAAGGCAAGAGCAAGAAAUCAGCUGACAGCACGCUGUUAUUUCAGUCCCAUUGUCUGUCUGCCGUCUCAAGGGGAAAGCCCCUUCACCAAAGAAACACCGCCCAUGCUAUCCUGGAGGACACACCCUCCCUUCUCUUUUUUUUCUCCAGGGGUGGGGGCCAACCUCAUACCUUAGCAGUAUUCCCUACACGGGCACCGGUUCCCGUGCUUCAAAUCCACUGGAAUUGCCGCACACGAAGCUUCUCCUGCAGUGUAGUGAGGAAAGAGCCACAGUUGCCGGGGCAAUGCAUCCUUGGAUGUCUUCCCGGCAAGGGCUGCCUAGUGUUCCGCCUGCAUCACCAGGGAAUCAAUACAUACCCCCCCAGCAUGGAGAUUGUUCCAUGCACUUGAAGCAAACCGUCCCUUGAAAUAUAGGAACCCAACAAUUGGAUCCGAGUUGUCAAACCGGAACGAUUUUCCCAGAGAGAGUCUUCUUGUCCUCUGCAAGUUCUCUGCCACGCGACGACAUAUCAAUACUUUGCAUCUUUUCAUUUUAAUCGUCCCAUUGUUAGCAAUUCUAAUUGUUUCAUUCUGACAAUGUACUUGCCAGCAUAUUAAGUCCCUGAAGUCUGAUCUCUCAUUUUUCACCACAAAAUGGAUGGAUGAAAGCUGCAUUUGAAAGUCGUUGAGAAAAAAGAAUGCAAAAUGCCUGCCGUCAAUAACAACGUUGUAUUAUUAUUAUUAUUUUUUUCCAUUUUAAAUUGUAAAUGCCAAAUCAUUUUCUGGAAAGUACUCAUUCUUUGCAAUUACUUCUAAACAGUUUUUAAAAAAUGUGGCAUUCAUGCCUAGUGAAGUAUUAUUUUUUAAAUGCUGUGAUACUGAUGCAUCAGUGUUUGUUUUGACUUUUGAUGAUGCCACCACUCCACUGAAUAUAAAUUAAGUUCUUGGACCAAUGGUGUUUAGUUCUAUAUAUGUGAAUCAAGGACCAGGAGUUGUUUAGGGAACAAGUGCUGGGUAAAAUGGUACCAAACAAAUUUUUUUUUUUCAGUUAAAAGUUUGAUAAAAGGACGACUUGAAGUUUUGUAGCCCUACAAGUAAAUCUGAGUGUGGAAUCACCUGUCUCCAUAACCUAUCUUGACCACCUGAUCGGAUGAGCUGAGCUUCAUGCCUGAGAAAGUUUCUUAUCACAGCUGCUGUUUCUGUUUCGGGUUUUUUGGGGUUGUUUUUUUUUUUUUUUUGAGAAUUACCAUUGGCCGUAUUCAGAAAGUAAGACAGCCCUGAGUUCUGUCGGUGUCAUCUGGGACAUACGAAUACAGCUGGUAGCAGGUUAACACAGAAAAUAAACAGUUGGUUCAAAACGGAAUAAAAAUUUGGGAUUGUAGAUCAAAAAAACAAUCACAGACAAACAAGUUUCUCUGUAAGAACGUGUGAGAUGGGGCCUUAGCAAUGGAUGACAGAAAAAAAGCAAACUGGAGAGAAGUUGGUCAUUCUUCACAUUAGUACUCUAACCCUCUUGGGGGCACAUCUCCCACCCAGUGUUAAGACCGACCGUUCUUUCUCAGCAGGAUUGACUGAACUGAUGUGCGUCCCUGUCAACAAGUAUUGAUGUUUACCGUUGCGUAUUACUGGUGCACCAACAUAUUCUUUUUUCCGGCCAAAACUACUGGAAGCUUGCUGCAUCACAUAACACCAGGUCAAUGCAUUACAUUUUUAGUCCAAGCAAUGCGAAUUAUUUUUAUUUUUUUAAAUCGGUAGCGGAAGGACUGACCACAGUGCAUCAACAUUUUGAGAUGUAUCAUUGAAAAAUGCAAAGAGAGACCACGAGAGUGGAUUUUUUUUAUGACAUGAGGAAUCGAGUAGUCCAAUUGUGCCACGUGUGGAACAUUUUAAGCUUUAUUAUUUAUGCCAAAUGAAAAGAAAAGCUUACACAAUUUUUGUUUAAGUAAAAUGAACAUUAGCAGCAUUUGACUCCAAUUUUGACAAAUCACUGAUGUCUGAAUUCAAGUGACUUGUGGGUUUCUUAGAGUUUGUGAUCCAGUGUUUAUGCCAUACAUGAGUGUGUGUGUAUGAAAGCCCAACCACUGGUUGUAAUUCUGAGUACCAUUUGUAGUAAAGAACAAGUUUCUUUUUUAUGCAUAUACAUAUCUAUAUAUAUAUCUAUAUAUAUUGUACAUUUCCCUUUCAGUUUUUUGAUUUUGGUGUUUUUUUUUUGUUUUUAGUUGUUAGUUGUAUUAUAAAGUUCAACCCCAAAGCUAUCUUUUUAAGUUUAAUAUGGAUUCUAUUUAUUUUUUAUUUAAUGGUAGAUGUGUAGUUUCUCUUUUUCCAGGAAUGGUCGUAACAGCAUAUGAUCUGUAAAACGGCAUAGAAAAUAUUGAAUGCAUACUCUGGCAAAAUAUCACAAAUAGGACCGUCUUGGAAGAUUGGUUGAAAGCAGGGAGACAUAAGGUACAUAUCAUGAAAACAUCAGUAUGUGAUCUGGGUGCGAGACCAAGAUGGCUGCUGAAUAUGAUUAGGGCCCUAGGCCAAGUACAACAAUGCACAUUGCUGGUCACCGCUGCAGCCUUAGGUCAUAGUGCAUUGGAAGUAUGACGUAAAAUCAACACAUGUUCAUAUAACGCCCAGUUUGCAUGCAACCUUGUUUUGUUCAUUGGGUUGUGAAAUAUUCACCAUAAUAUGUCCUGGCUACUGGCCAAGCAAAUCAUAUCAAUGCACUGGGAUCAGAAUGUCAAAGGUCAUGAGCUAUAGGCGGAGUCUGAAUCACUCAGGGUUUGACAUUGCGCGGGAGUUUGAGCAUUGCGUGAAGCCGUAAGCUAGUGGCUUCCACUGGUGCAUGUAUUAUAUCUAGCCAUAGCCAAGUAAUUAGGACAGAGCCAAGGAAACAGGAUGGUCUGUGGACAAGAGGUUUUUUUAUCUCAGUUUUGAGUUCCGUUUCAGGUUCUAGGUCCAUAACUUUUUUCCUGGCGUUUAGAUCAUUAGCUUCAUUGUACGUCCCACAUACUACUCCAGGAGCGUUCAUUUUGAGGUCAAGGUUUCCUCAUUACUGACAUCAAACUUUUGGAACUGUGAAUCUUAAGGUGAAGGCCACGCCCAUAUUUGGAGAAUGAUCUUUAAGUUGCUGACGUCACGGUAUGCCGUGUGUUGUAUCACUGAAGGCAUGAGGUGCAUCGUCGGGUAGUGUCCAUAAAUACGAGCGUUUCACAAUCGUGCGCCCCCAGGAGUGUGCAACGGGUUGACCAAUCACAGUGCGUAAAAUCUGUCGACCCAAUGCGCGUUUGGAAAGGGUCGACAGAUUUCGCGCACUGUGAUUGGUCAACGCGUUGCAAACUCUUGGAGGUGCACUGGUGUGAAUCAAGCGUAUUGAUAUCCGCUUUGGCAUUUGUUACAGGGGGUCGGGGAUCAUGACAUUAUCGGGAAUUUGUUAAUGUUAUGAUUGAAUUAAUCAUUUCGUAAUGAUUUUUUUUUUCCUUUUUUUUGUUUGCUCAUAGAAAAAUUGUAAUAAAAUGCAGGGUCAUUAUUGAUUUUUUAACUUCUAAAUGGUUUAAGUAAAUUUCUCUUCAUCAAAAUUGCGGUUUUGAUUAAGGGCGUCGAUAAGUCGUCACAUUUUUCUUUUCUGUUUUCAAAAGAGGACGUUCGAUUGUAAAAGUGUACUGUCAUAAGCGACUUUCAUGUUUUUCCCUUCUUUUGUAACAAAACUAUUUAUCAAUUUUUUAAAAAAAGGUCUUUCUAGUUUCUGAAGCUGUUUGAGGCCGAUUGUUUUGCCAAAAGUAAUACAUAAUUGGCUUCUGUAUCAUUUUUGGACAACAAGGAAAGAAGUCGCUCUUGCGACUUUGAUUUCCUGGAUGUAGAUGCUGUGUACAUAUAUGAACUUGUUCUAUGGUAUUGGCUUUAGAUUGGACGUUUAUCACUUCUUGGUAGUAUUUUUUAUUCGGAGGGCUAAAAAUAAAUGAUACUAAAUAGGAAAUAUUUCAUUCUGUGGUUUACAAGGAAUAUUUCGUUUUUCCAAAUUUUAACUUGAAACAUGCAGGUGCCCAGUGGUCAUAGUACAUUAAGCAGCGUGUUCUAAACGGCCGUGUGAUGUUGAGUACCAGUUGAAUUAAGGAGAAAUUGUUGAGUGUCGUUUAGCCCCAAUCGAUCAUUUGCGUUGGAGGCUGGGAAAUCAAACGAUCUGGCCCUGGUGAUAUGUAUGCACGGCAGUGUUUGAAAAUUGGGUCAAAUUUGAGGUAUCGGUCAUAAGGCUAGAGAUCAAAUAUCAUGGGAGAAAUCUUUAUAAACCACCAGUGCUUUGUAAAAAAAGAAAUGCCUUUCGACGUCGGAUGUAGCUACUGCGUCUUUGAUUAUAUUUCUGAAGAAAGCCAGACACGUUUCUUCCUCGUAUUUUAGCAAAUUAAAUUUGAUUUGAUGGAUGUUUUAUUUAUCUUUUUAAAUUUCAGACGCAACUGUAAAGAGAUCAAUACUUGCGUGUGAUUGUACUUAAGCAUUUUCUCAUAUCCAACAUUGAUUCGUCAUCAAGGGAAACCAAUCCGUGAAUGGAAACGGGUAUAUUGUAAUCACGAUGCAGCACGAAAUUGCUUGCAAAUGAUUUUAUUAUUUUUGUUUUUCUUGGAUCAAUUGGUCGAUAAAUUCUUUGGUUUCACUUCCACACACCUUUGCCUGACCUCUUUAAAUAUAUUAAGUAUUCAUGUGACCUCUUGUACUGUUCAUGAGUUCACAGCUCAAUAACAAUGUACAUUUUUUAUGUGUCUUCCCCAGUAAAAAAAAUAAAAAUGAAUGCAUAUCUCUUCCAACGAACACAGUUUGUUGACACAAAGACCUGAAAUCCGUACCAAUUAAAUGAUGACUUUGUUUUUACGACAGAAUAGCACGAACCAUUUGAACGGGACAAGUCUUGCUUUUAAACUAACGGAGAAAAAACUAUUGCAUAAAUUUCAGUUGUGAGGUCGGUGAAGACAUUACACAGAACUGGAACAAUCGCAUUAUGUUAGCAUUGUUGCAGGGAAAAACAUCCGAAAAGUGCAUGAGACACACAGUUUUGGGGGAUAAGAUCUGGUCUCUACCGAUUUGGCUGACCACAGGGUAUAUUGGAUUUGAGGAGCAAACUAACAAGAUUGUUCGGGAUGAAGUUCUCACGUGGAACACCCCAGCAGUAUUGGGGUGUUGUGGAAAUAUCUGUAUAAGGGUUAUGAUCUCGAUUGACUGCGUCAUUUUAGCGAUUUCGUUUUUACCCCCCGUGAGUUGUAUUGUACAGAAUGUGUAACACCAUUAUUUAUAUGUGCAUAUUAAUGUAUAUAUUACAUAUUCAUGACAUCUGUGCGUUAAAUGGCUAUAUUUGAUACAACAGAUGCAAAUUUUGUUCAGUCAAUUCUGCUUUUGCGACCAGUGUUUUUUAUUAUUUUUUUUAACCUCAUGAAAGUGUGAAACUAAAGAUUCCCGGAACAGAACAUUUUGUAGCAUUUUCAGUAAAUCACAGAAGUCCAAAUUCCUUGUAUUAUUCAUCAAAUAACCCUUAUUACCUUAUUUUUUAUUUUGUUUCUAUUUCUACAAAGGUGCUCUGCGCUAUCACACAGAGCAUCGACACUUGGAAGUAUUACUACUAAUGAAUUCACUAUACGUUGUCUAUGACAAAAUAAUAAGUUGUCACUUGUACAUUUGUAAGUGAAGGACUGUGCAAGUCUAGCCUUUGAGGGAUCUUUUAGGAAUCCUUCUAGUAGAGUAUUACAGUUUGAUUUCACCUUUAGAGCAAUAAAAGAUUCGCACAGUUUUACCUCCGCCAAAAGUGAGAGAGAGAAAAAAUAUACUGUAAUUAUUUAAAACGACAAAACAAAAUAUUUUUAAACAUUGUCGGGCGAUUGAGUAGGUCACAAAGGAGGAACAUUUUUAUACGGCAAAUGAAUAUGUAAUAUAUCGGCUGAGAAACAACUAAAUUAAUGUCAACGACGUUUUUGUAAUUUUUUGUUGGUGUUUUCUGCGUUCUAGAGUAGUUUUUACGGAUGUAGCUGGUGCAAUUAAUGUGUAUGAAUGUGUACCAACGCUAAAUUGGUGCGUACCCGGCAAUAUUUACACUCUCUGUGUACAAACGAAAAGCAGAAACGUUAAGAAAACUUGUUUUUUUCCUCGAUAGAAUUCAUUGUAUAAUCUAGUUCAUUACUGAAGAGUAGCGAUCUGCACUGUACAUACAACAGAAAAAUAAACGAAACUGUGUGUAGGAAUUCUACAUUGUAGUUUGAGAGACGGACAAAUAUGAAUAAUUAUUACAAUCCAUCAAAUUGGCAUUGAUAUUUAUCUAAUUAAAACGAAGUCCAUGAAAGAGCAGAAACGAA